AUGUUGUUUCGUCCCUCGGAAUUUGAUGGCGUCGUUCCUCAGGAGGCCGACCGUCGGAAUGUUGAUGUCGACCGUCGGAAUGUUGAUGGGGUCGACCGUCGGAAUGUUGAUGUCGACCGUCGGAAUGUUGACGUCGACCGUCGGAAUGUUGAUGGGGUCUUCCGUCGGGGUGUUGACAAGGUCGACCGUCGGGAUGUUGAUGUCGACCGUCGGAAUGUUGAUGGGGUCGACCGUCGGAAUGUUGAUGUCGACCGUCGGAAUGUUGACGUCGACCGUCGGAAUGUUGAUGGGGUCUUCCGUCGGGGUGUUGACAAGGUCGACCGUCGGGAUGUUGAUGUCGACCGUCGGAAUGUUGAUGUCGACCGUCGGAAUGUUGAUGGGGUCGACCGUCGACGUCGGGAUGUUGAGGUCGACCGUCGGAAUGUUGAUGGGGUCUUCCGUCGGGGUGUUGACGUCGACCGUCGGAAUGUUGAUGUCGACCGUCGGAAUGUUGAUGUUGACCGUCGGAAUGUUGAUGGGGUCUUCCGUCGGGGUGUUGACGUAGACCGUCGGGAUGUUGAUGUCGACCGUCGGAAUGUUGAUGGGGUCGACCGUCGGAAUGUUGAUGGGGUCGACCGUCGGAAUGUUGACGUAGACCGUCGGAAUGUUGAUGGGGUCUUCCGUCGGGGUGUUGACAAGGUCGACCGUCGGGAUGUUGAUGUCGACCGUCGGAAUGAUGUUGACGUCGACCGUCGGAACCGUCGGAAUGUUGAUGUCGACCGUCGGAAUGUUGAUGUCGACCGUCGGAAUGUUGAUGGGGUCGACCGUCGGAAUGUUGACGUCGACCGUCGGGAUGUUGACGGGGUCUUCCGUCGGCGUGUUGACUAG